CUUUCCCUUUGCUCUCGCCCACCAGCAGCAGAUUUGGGAGGUUUGAUGUUACUCGCUGUGAAUUAGAUCACGUUUUCUGCUCCUUCCGCAAAUAUAUGUAUGUUUAGAUUGGUGCCAGCCUGCAAAGCAAGGCAUAUUCAACAGUCAUUUAAAACUUGUAGCCAGCUUUUCUCGGUACCUCCAAGUUCUUUGCCACCAUACCGAUUUGAAUAUGGGAACAGUGGGAUUGACCUCGAUGGUUUAUUCAAAUCCUGCACCAAACUCGAACAUGCUAAGUGCAUUCACACACUUAUGCUGGUAUCGGGAAAAGCUCAAAGCAGCUUUCUUUAUGGGAAACUCAUUAAUUUUUAUGCACAGCUUGGUCCCAUCUCAUUUGUGGAAGACAUUUUCAAAAAGAGCCCAAGAUCGGAUGUCUAUUUGUGGAAUACUAUGGUAUCUGCUUUUGUUCGACGUGGUCACUUCCAUGAAGCGGUAGACUGUUUCCACCAGCUUCUACUGACCUCUGGUGUGCGACCUGAUUUCUAUACCUUCCCUCCAGUGCUGAAAGCCUGCAGAAAUCUAUUUGAUGGAAUGAAGGUUCAUUGCUCCAUCUUGAAGCUUGGCUUUGAGUGGGAUGUCUUUGUGGCUGCUUCCUUAAUACACUUGUAUUCAAGGUUUGGGGUUGUGGAAGGUGCUUGCAGAUUGUUUCACAAUAUGCCAUACAGAGAUAGUGGUUCAUGGAAUGCCAUGAUUUCUGGAUAUUGC